AUGGUGGCUCACUUGGACAAUAUAUUCGACCAACCGGUGAUCAAAAGUGGUUCCUUGUGCGAAUUAAAACGAUUAUUCAGUACUACCAUUGAGAACAUAAAUGCGCUGUGUACCUUGAAACUGCCGGUCGAUUCGUGGGAUACAUUACUCGUUUACACUUUAACACGAAAACUCGAUUCAGAAAAUAAAUUAUUAUGGAUUCGGGCCGCGAAGCAUGGUAAAUCUGAAUCGUUUGCGGAUUUCUCAAACUUUUUGAAAGAGCGAAUAAACGAACUCGAAAGUUUAAAUCUCUCAAAAGUGCAAUCCAGUUCCGGUCGUAAUAUUAUAGCUCCGAUUAAAAAUAAAGAUUCGGGUAAACGUGUUUUCAAUAUCACUAUUCCAUCGUGUCCUAAGUGCCAACAAAAACAUAUGCUUUAUCAGUGCGUGAAAUUCCGAGAACUUACGGUGCCUGCUCGGUGUGAAUUUGUGAAAGCAAACGGAAUUUGCUGCAAUUGUCUACGGGUUAAGCAUUCGUUAGCGGAAUGCAAAUUUUCGAACUACAAAACGUGUAAUUUGAAGCACAACACUCUGCUUCACGUAGACCGAAUUGCCCCCCCUUUCGUUCAACCAGUCCCUGCUGCAAAUCAGCCCGGUUCAUCGAAUGGCAUCGUGUCAGCUGUGUCGGUUCGCGCACCCCCAUCGCGUCAUGAGUGUUUAACUAUGCUUCCUGCGGCAAUAAUUUUGAUUAAAGACAUAAAUGGUGAACCUCAAUCGUGUAGAGCCCUCCUUGAUUCUGGGUCCCAAGCUACCUUAAUAUCGGAAUCUUGUGUUCAACGUCUCGGUUUAAAGCGAUCUCAUGCUAAGUUUCCGGUAAUCGGUCUCGGACAAAAUGAAAGUACUCAAGGUACACGGGUACAAGUAAGCCUUAUUAUGUCUUCGACUUUUGACUCAAAUUCGUGUAUUUCGGCCAAUGCGUUCAUUCUUGCCUCGUUAAUAAACUGUUUUCCAAGUUUUGAAAUACCAAGUGCUUGUCUGUCUCAUUUCAAAAAUCUAUCAUUGGCAGACCCCUAUUGUUAUCGCCCAAGCAAGGUCGACUUGUUGUUGGGAUCGGACUUAUUCUUUGACAUUCUCGCGGACGGUAAAAUCGUACAUCCAUCGGGUUCACCCAUCGCCCAGAACACUAUCUUCGGCUGGGUGAUAGCGGGAAGUGUUUCGUUAAAACGAGAAGCUACUAUUAGCGUCAACCAUUCAACUUUUGACUUAGACUUGCUCUUAAAAAAUGUCUUUGAGCCUGGAGAUCUUGUCGACGGAAUUCGUUCCAACGACAGUGAGGUAAGUGCAGAUAUUGAAAAACAUAUUAUUGCGACACAUAAAGUUAAUCAAGAUGGUAGAUACGUAGUCAGCUUACCGUUUAAUAAAACGCCCGUUAUGUUCGGCGACUCUCGCGGAGCUGCUCUCAACAUGUUGCAUUCUAUGGAGAGACGAUUUUCAAAGAAUCCCAUAUCAAAACAACAAUACAUUGAUUUUAUGCGUGAAUAUGAGCGCCUGGGUCAUAUGAAAAUCGUCCCAAUCAACGACCUAAGCUGCCCAUCAUUUUACUUACCUCACCACGCGGUCCUGAAACCCGACAGCGCAACGACAAAGCUGCGCGUGGUUUUCAAUGCUUCGUAUAAGUCAUCAAAUGGCCAUUCAUUAAACGAUUAUUUACAUGUUGGCCCCACGAUUCAAAACGAUCUUUUCACGUGCCUUAUUCGCUUUCGUAAAAAUAAAAUCGCGAUUAAGGCCGAUAUCGCCAAAAUGUACCGUCAGGUACUUGUCGAUGCAAACGAUGUUCAUUUCCAAAGAAUUGUUUGGAGGGAGGAAGUAACCGAAGAACCACGCGAUUACAUGCUUCUUACGGUUACAUAUGGAACGGCUUCGGCAUCCUUUUUAGCAACUCGUGUUCUCAAACAAAUCGGUUUAGACAGUAUGCAUCUUCUUCCCACGGCUUCGAAAAGCAUCAUUGAAGAUUUUUACGUCGACGAUUACAUGUCUACCUUCGAAAACGUAGAUGAAGCGAUACAAUUAAAAACCGAAGUUGUAAAUGUCCUCAAGGUUACAUAUCCUAUUCGUUCAUCCCAUACCCAUUCUAUAUUUUCUCCUUUAAACUCAAUCCACUUCCCAUAG